AUGGUGAGGAGCCGAUACUCGUGCUUUAACUUUGAGUUUUAACCUGUCUUAACUGACAUUUACUCAUACUACUCGGUCUCUCUGUAUACAUAAGGUUGUAUUGUAGUAGUUCGAGUAUGCGUUGUUGAGGUAGCUGCCUUAUUAAUGGAAUAAUAUUUAAUUUUUGUCGGUCCGUCUCUGCUAAGCUGUAAACCUAGUCGUGUUGAAAUGACAACAUGGCUGAUGAAUCGGUUCACGGCCUGCUCGUACUGAAUGCUGCUGUAUUGGAAAAGCUCGCGUGUUUGCGUUUAGAAACUCCGGUGCUUUAAAUUAUCAGGUUAGAUAUGUUGGAUUUUAAAUACAGUUUGAAUUCAUGAGAUAGCGUUGACUGUUUGCCUGUUAUAGAGCACCGCUAGCUUGACUAACAUGUGGACUAGCAGCGCUGUCUGGAAUCAGAGGUGUGGAUGUCAUAAGGUGUCUUAUUAACAAUCAUUUAUUUUGUCAUGGUCCAGGCCAAGAUCAAGGCACGAGAUCUGCGGGGUAAGAAGAAGGAGGAGUUGCUGAAGCAGCUGGACGACCUCAAAAACGAACUUUCCCAACUCCGUGUGGCCAAGGUUACAGGAGGAGCUGCCUCCAAGCUCUCAAAGAUGUACGUACUCGAUAAUGAUGAGCAUCGGGGGGAAACCUGUCCUGUCAGAUAAUGAACAAGGUUGGAUCUGGUCGUGAUCGUGCUGCUUUGAGGUUGUCUUGUACAAAGGGGGUAAUAAUGCUUAAAGAAAGUAUCGAUUACCGAUUUGUCGGCGAGCCGAUUAAAUCAGCCAAUUUUAGCCCGUUUGAGACUAAUCGGUAAUCGGUCAAAACUCGCCGAUUUUCGCCGAUAUUUUCUGAAAUAAAAUGUGGAGAAUAAAUGUUCUGCCAUCUAAAAAGUCCCCCGACUUAUCCCUUAAACGCUUUUUAAACGCAGUGGAAUAUUACUGAGAUGAUCAGUGCUGCACAAUAGAAUUAAAAGAACAAACACUAUAGAAAACAUCAAGAUGAAAUAGGUAAAAGCAGGUAAUAAACGUUUAAAAUGAAAUAAAAACACAACAGCAUAAAAGUGAUAAACGGAUCAUAAAAGGACAGAGUUCACACAACUCUCAUGCUGAGCUAAAAGCCAAGGAAUCGCCCGAGUCCUGACUGUAAUCAACCAGACACAGGAGGAGAACUUAAGGAAGUUCUACAAGGAAAGAGAAAUUUGGUACCAUUUGUACUAACAGAACACGAAGCCUUAACUGCUUGGGACCUGGUGCUCUUGUCUAAGAUGAUACAUGUGAGCUGAUGUUUUGCUGAUGCAUUCACAACGCUUACCAAAAGACUGAGACUCUGAAUACCUGAAUGUUCCAACUAAACCAUGACUGUGUUUACCCGGGCUGCAAGAUUAUGAAUCUCAAGGCAUUAUUUGGAUGUGACUGUUGGCUGAGCUCAGCAUUACCACUUAAGUAACAUUUCUACCUCCUAAUAGAUGUCUAAAAGACCUCUGGUGAUAAUUAUCGGCCCCAAAAAAUCCUUCUGCUUUUAUUACACGUUUAAAAAUAAAAAUAUUUAAUACAUUUUAUUUGUAGUGCCAUUUACAUCAAGAGAUCUCAAAGGGCUACAUCUUAAAGGCAAAGAAAUAUCACAGUCAAGGAAUAUAAAUCCAAUCCAAUCAACUUUAUUUAUAUAGCACAUUUAAAAAAAAAACAUUCAAGUUUACUGAAGUGCUGCAGGAUAGAAUUAAAAGAAUAAACACUACAGAAAACAUCAAGAUGAAAUAGAUAAAAGCAGGUAAAAAAAAACGUUUAAAAUAAUAUAAAAACACAAAAGCUUAAAAGAAAUAAAAGUGAUAAACGGAUCAUAAAAGACAUAAAAGGACAGAUCGCACAACUCUCAUGCUGAGCUAAAAGCCAAGGAAUAAAUUGACAAAGUUUGAUGGCAGUGUGUUCAUAUGACCAUGAUUACUUGAUUUACACACUGGGUACCAACAGAAAGAGGGAGAGAGCUAGUGUGCAACACUGAGAUUAUGUAGUUUUGACAUUAUGCAAAUUUUUCAAAUGCCAAUCCAGAGCUGGACUCUGCUGACAUGGUUUUUGUCUUUAAUUUGUCUGACACCCUGUAUCACCUGUACAGUUCAUCCAAAAAAAGUGACUUCCCUUUAACAAAGUUUCACUCCUGAGUCCUUUGUCAGAUGAGCUUCAGGUCUUGAAGGUUGUAAAUUUUGUCUCAAAGUGCAAACCAUCAAUAUGACUAAUGGCUGCAGAGUGAAAUCACACCAGUUUACUGAUCGUUGUAAUGGGCAAAAGCUGUAAAGAAUGAAGGAAAAGUAAGAAGUAGUCAGCUAACAUACAUUAGUAUUAAAAAUGUCAGACAGACAAAAGGGUGACCUUAUCACAUUUAUUUUGGUUGCCAUUUUGAUCCAACUUCUGAAAAAAGUAUCUGUCUCUGUCCCAAUCUGAUACUUGUAUUUGUGAAGAUAACAGAACUUUUUAUAGCUACAAUAACAUCUUCAGCCUCUACCAUCCAACUUGCUCCAGCUACCAUUGCUGUAAGCCGAGUUGAGCUCUAGAUUUACCCACAGAAUAAGUCACAAUCAUUCUUAGUGCUGUAUUGGAAUUAAAGUAUACUUGAAUAUAAAUCUUAGUACCACUUGAAAGCGCUGCAAACAGCCAGGGUUGAAAGGUGGAACAAACCUAUUUUCCCCAUUACAGGGAUGGAGUGACUGUGUAGACCUAUGAAUUGAACCCCCAUCUCUGCAGAUGUUUCGGGCUUGUCACUCCUCGAGGAUAUAUGUCUCGCCUUUUGAAAGUCUAGUUUGAUGCUUUGGCACAGCGGCCUUUUCCUGUGGCAUCAGUGACAGCACCAUAUUUUGCAUGUUUUGUUUUAUAUAUCUGAUCAAGUAGGUAGAACUGGUUCCACUGAUGUGUUCACCACCUACCUCUACCCAGUCGGCUUUUGUUGCUACCUGGGGAGGGUCAAAAGGUAGAGCUACUCUGUCCCACCUUUACACCUUUUGUACAUGACACAGAGCAGACAAAUUGUAAUAGGUGUAAAAUUCCCCUAAAGAAAGAAUUGAAGAGCCUUUGUUUCCCACUAUGAACAGCAAACUGACCCAUAGUUUCACUUUGUUCAUUACAGCCGUGUUGUCCGCAAAUCCAUCGCCCGAGUCCUGACUGUAAUCAACCAGACACAGAAGGAGAACUUGAGGAAAUUCUACAAGGUAAGAGAAAUUUGGCACCAUUUUUAUAAUUUUUACUAACUGUACACAAAGCCUUAACUGCUCGGGACCUGGUGCUCUUGUCUAAGAUGAUACCUGUGAGCUGAUGUUUUGCUGAUGCAUUCACAACGCUUACCAAAAGACUGAGACUCUGAAUACCGGAAUGUUCCAACUUAACCAUGGCUAUGUUUACCCGGGCUGCAAGAUUAUGAAUCUCAAGGCAUUAUUUGGAUGUGACUGUUUGCUAAGCUCAGCAUUACCACUUUAGUAACAUUUGUACCUCUUUAUGGAUGUCUAAAAGACCUGGUGAUGGUUUAAUAAAGCCUGGAGCUUGAUAAACCUGCUGUGCUUGAAGUCAAAGCCCUUUCAGAGUGAUGUCUUGAGUUGAUAAUUUGCAGUCUGUUUAAACAUAAUGAACAUGGCAAUGGCGGUGUGGUAUUUUCACCUUCUCUUGCAUGUCUGCCUGAGCUGGCCUCUCACUUAAACAAGUGUUUAUUCCCAGCUUUGAACAUGUUAAAACAAUGGCGACAUUUCCUUGCAAUAUGCUCUUGGGAAAACAACUGAACUGAAAAUACUAAACCCUUGUUGCAGUAAAAAAAUAUAAAUAUAGUCAAGUUUUUCAUGUUUUCCACUCUUGUCAGUUUUGAAGAUGUACUGAAAUUUAAAUAUCAUUUAGGGCAAGAAGUACAAGCCCCUGGAUCUGAGACCCAAGAAGACCAGAGCUCUGCGCCGCCGGCUCAACAAACAUGAAGAGAGCCUGCGCACCAAGAAGCAGCAGAGGAAAGACCUCCUCUACUCCAUCCGCAAAUUUGCUGUCAAAGCUUAG